AGGUUGGGUGUUUGCCUUUCAACUACCUUAACUCAUCCUAUACACUUCACAUUUGGACGCCACCUAACUCUGGACUAUCAAAAUUCAUAAUAAAAAUUUAAAGCAUUCUACAUCCAGUUAACACUUAGGCGGUCAUUUGGUCGCGUUUCGGCCCUAAAUUAUUGUUGUUCGUUAAUUUAAAGUUGGAUCAAUGGCCGGAAAGUUGAAAAUAUGCAUCAUUGGGGCUGAGGGCUGGGGCUCGGCCAUUGCCGCCGUCGUGAGCAACAAUGUCUUGGAGGGAGACUUCGACAGCCGGGUGCAUUUAUAUGUCUACGAUGAAAUGAUUCGGGACACUGCCCUAUCGGAGAUCAUAAACACUCGUCACGAGAAUGUCAAGUAUCUGCCUGGGAUCAAGCUGCCCAAUAACCUGAUCGCUGUAAAUGAUCUUUUGGAAGCUGCCCAGAACGCAGAUAUCUUGGUAUUUUCCACCCCGCUGGAGUUCGUGCAAUCCUACUGCAACAUUCUGUCUGGUAAUGUUAAGGAGUCGGCCUUUGCUGUUUCCAUGACCAAAGGAUUGUUGAGCGAGAAUGGGGAGGGGAUUGAGCUUGUUUCGCACGCCAUUAGCGAGAGUCUGGGUAUCCCGUGCUACUCUAUGAUGUCUGCACAUAGUGCCAUGGAGAUGGCACAGGGAAAGCUGUGUGAGGUGACCAUCGGUUGCAGCGAUAAUUCUCAUUCCAAGCUGCUGAUCUCUGCUAUGCAAACCAAUAACUGCAGAGUUAUUUCUGUUAAUGACGUUGACGGAGUAGAGCUGUGUGGAACGCUCACAGACGUCGUUGCCUUGGGAGCGGGUUUCAUAGAUGGUCUGCGUCUGGGUGAGAAUGCACGGUUGGCAGCCAUCCACUUGGGUGUCAAGGAAAUUAUGCGGUUCAUUAAGACGUUCUUUCCUUCCUCCAAAAUGUCCACAUUCUAUGAGAGCUGUGGCGUAACCAACGCGGUGGCUUCCAGCUUUGUCGAUAAAAACGUCACAUUUGCAAAGAGCCUAGUAACAUCAGGCCAAACCAUUGAAGAAAUAGAAGCAAACCUCCAUAGUGGCCGCAAGCUUUUGGGUCCCAUGGUGGCCAGUAAUGUGAAUGCAUUUUUGGAGAAUGGGCUUAUGCAACACGAUGAGGCUCCGCCGGAACUGAUGAUAGAGGCACUGAGAAACCACCCGGAUCUAAGCAGUUCAUCCAUUUCACAUUUACUGAACCAUGAAAGGGACGAGCUAAAAACGGACCAAGGCCUUCCCGAACUGAGGACUGCUUUAGAUAAGAUAUUGACGGAGGCGGGGAACGAAAACAUUAAGCAGCUCAAGGUUAUGGACGAUUGGACAGAAGUAAACGAUUACGACGUCGAGGAGACGUACCAUGAAAAAGUGGCAUCACGAGAUUCCUGUCUUGAGACCGAAAUUAUGCCAAGCCGUCUGAGCGUGCAAGCUGCACAGCUCUAUAAUGACAUCCGGGAUGGGAAUGUUGGGGUGGCCUUUAAAAUGGACAUCGAUGAAGGCAAUCGCCAAGUGCGGCUCUUGCUAGAGAAGGAAGACGAAAUGGCUAGCGAUGCAGCCUUGACAGUUAUUUCAUCAAGAUUGACUGCGGGCCAAGAGGAUGACAAUGCCAGGAUAGGCCACGGACACAUAACGAACACUUCCGCGGAAUCCGAUCAUAUGUCCAGCAAAAGCAUUCCCAGUGGCUUGACUACGAAGGAUUCGCCUGAUGUCCUGGAUUUGAGUUGCGAAUCUGAGCCACUACAUUCGUCAAAACAAAAUAGCCAGCUGAUGGAAGAUGCGGAGACAAAUUUCACGGAGCGUUUAAAAGUGAAUCAACUUAAAGAGCAGAUUGAUAAACAAGAAGCGGCCAAUUUUAAAGCCCAAGAAAAUCUUAUAAAAUCUAUAAGACAAACAAUUCAGGCUCUCGGUGAUAAAGAAAAAAUGGAAAACCUUAUCGCAAAAAGCAAAAUGGAGGAGGACCCCUUCCAACUGAAAAGCCAAGUUGAGUCUUCGCAACUGAAGAGCCAAGUUGAAGGGGAGUCUUCGGAACUGAAAAACCAAAUACAAGAGGAAGCUUAUGAACCUAUAAGUCAAGCAGAUGAGGAACCAUCCCAAAUUAGAAGCCAACUAGAUGAGGAAUCUGCUCAGCUAAAAAGUCUAAUGGACGAAGAAAAUAGACAACUUGAAAGCGAAAUGCAAGACGAGAGUAGCCUAUUGAAAAGUUCAGCAGAUAAAUCCGAAUUUGUUGCAUACAACGCGGAAGAAGAGCAACCCAUUGAAGAACCAACAGAUAACCAUCAGUAUAAAUUAAGAUCAGAUACUAAUAAGCUUAAAGAACUUAUGUUCACCGAUUCCAGGGAGCACUUGGAGUCCGAGAAGCACAUUGAAGUGAAACUUCAAGACGAACAUGACUUUGAUCUGGAUGAGGAGCCAGCUAUAGGAAAAAAAGACCCUACUUACACUAAAGAGAACUUGGAGCUCCAGGAGAGGCUCGAGUGGCAAAAGCUAAAGCAAACAGAUAAACCCCACCAUCCUUAUUCUUCAGCGGAUCUUGAAGAUUCAACUACCAAUGAAGGUAACGCCAGGCUUCCGAUAGAGCAUGACAAUAGAUUCCAGAAUGUGGAUAGGUAUCAGGAUAGAGAACUUGUUCAAGUAAGAGCUGAGUUGAAAGAGACUAGCGGAGCCGAGAGCGAAAAGGAGAUCAACUUGAUUAGCGAGCAAAGGCCGGAUCAAAACCAAGAUGAGGUCAACUUGCGCCCCCAUAGCCAUAUCAAGACGGAAGAAACUGGCCAUCACGAGUGGGAUUGGCUAAUGAACAAUGAAAAGAUCGAUUCCGACGAGCAAAAGUUUUAUGCCAACGAGAGGAUGGAAACACUUAGCGAAUCUGACCAGGAUAAGUUGCAGAAUCUUAAUUAUCAACUAAAAGAAGCCUUGCAGCAUGAUUUGGAUGUGAUGUCCGCAAGCAGGGGUAAUGAUUCAAAUGAGGUGCUGUCCGAGGAGGACUCUAAUCCAGAAGCUGCUAAGAAAAUUACGGAGCAACCACUUAACCCCACUCCAAACCAAAUCCCCGCAGUCCCCUUGCCAGUAACAAUGCCUAGUAAACAAUCACAUAUCCGCGAGGGCAGUCCACAGUUCCAGAAUCAACCUAGAUCUGUUCCACCACCCUCGCCACAAACAAAACCACAGUCGCCAAAGGAACAGCAGCCUCGCCGCACAAAUGCGCCCGUCGAAUUUGGAAACAAGGACGAAGCCAUGGAUCUAAAUGAGUCAGCUUCUGAUCAAGAGGUACCUAAGCGUAAAAAGAUUUCGAAAACUGAGGCCGUGAUUGAACCAGUCGCUAAGGAUGUCUCCAUGGCCGAGCCAAAUGAGUCGUUACAUUCUAAAAAGGAAACUUCACCAGCUAGUUUGAGUAAGCAGGAAAGCAAAAGGAAGCAAAAAAGGAGCUUAAGGAGACCAUCUAGUGAUUCUGAUAGCACUAAGACAACGAACGAAUUCGAGAAGCAACGUCAGAUUAUAGAAAACCAGAAGGCACAGCUGGAAAAAAUGGGUAAGAAGAUCAGCGUUAUGCGGCAGGGUCAGGAUCGUCGGGUUAGCUACAAGGGUCAUAACCCCUACAGCGCUGACCCGGAUCUGGAGUCUAGGCCACCGAUGGACACCAGCUUCGAAAAGGACAGAACGGGGGAUUACCAGGGACUGGGCCAUCAGCGUCGCAAAGUAGUCGUGGCGCCGCCCUUUCAUCCGCCUAUCAAUCCACGAGUACGCGUGCCGCGACCACCUUUCGAUGGACGGGAUCAUGAGUUCCAUACGAUGACUACCGCGCCAGUGGACAGACACCUUGCUCCGGCAGCUAAGUGGUCGUCUUUGCCCACGACUCUGAAGCUGAAUCGCAACUCCCUGGUUGCCAACAUACAGGUCAAGCACUUUGCCGCUCUGCCCUGUCAGGCGUUGCCGAAACCCAUAUUAAAGUUGCCGAUGGGAGUGCCACGCACGCCCACGUUUUCAAAGAUCCUCUGCGCCUUGCAGUUGGGAUUGCUGGCCUCCUACCUCGCUUGCAGGAAGGACUAAGUCCUAGAUUAGUAGCUCGGCUUUUCGAUUCCCCCAAUAGCAGCAUGAUCAGCAUCAGCAUCAGAAGCAUGAUAUAGAAUACUUUACUUUUUUAAAAAAUAAAUGGUGUUAGAUUCAAUCU